CUUGAUGGGGAAACAAAACAAAGCUCAAAGAAGGUGGAUGACGGUGGACUGUCCUCUAAUCUGGCCUAUGGCUUGCCUGUGAAAGAGGAGGAGAUUCAAAGAAGUGUCCUACAACCUGGGGAGCAUAGAGUUUCGGCGUGUUCAACAAGUACAGCACUUGACAUCAGAGAUCCGGUGACAGUCACAGUAAAAACUAGCAAACAAAAGCACCAUGUGACUCUUGAUAGAAGCUCUACGGGGACAGGCUUGUUGGCAGAUAUUUCAAGAACCGUGUGUAUUCCAGUCCAGCAGAUGAAGUUGAUCCACAGGGGUAAAAUUAUGAAUACAGAAAACAUACGAGAUACCCUCAAGGAAAAAGCGGUCUUUCAAGCCAUUGGAGAAGUUGCAGAAAAUGAGGAAGGGCUAAGUGGCAAGGACAUCACCUGUGUGAUGAGCCAGAUUAAAGUGGACCGCAACACGGCCAUCAAAGCUUUGAGACAAAAGGGAAAUGCCAUUGAUGCUAUUUUGUAUCUUGGUAACAGAUAAGCCAGAAGAAUUUUUAUGAUAAACUUUAAUAGUUUGCAAUAAGGGGUCCAUUUCAUGUGUAGUUACUGCCAAGUUAACUUUGCCUUUAUGGCAACUCCCAUGACAACAGGGCUCAACAGCCAAUCACAAUCAAUUUUUUCAUGGUAGAAUAUAAUGGCAAAGUUAAUAUACAUGAUGGAGUGGAAACUUUUUUUGUAUUAAAUGGACCCAUGAUGUAAUUAAUUAUUGCCUUUAG